AUGGAGAAACCGCAACAUCUAAGGCGGCUUAGGAAGAGAGAUUCGGAUCCGCUGGCAGAAGUGCCUGACGAUGCUGUUAAGCUUGAAGUGGAGCAGCUAUCUUCAAAAGGCCCUGACACCUUGCUUUCACGGAUUGUCCUAGGGCCGCUAACAAUGAUUUCCUUUUUACUUUCUCUUUGUGUCGUUGACAGCCAGCAACGUGCAUGGCGCCUUGCGCAACAGGCCGACAGCGAGCCAUGGCCUUGGUGGAAGAAAUUGUCGCCCUGGACGUGGUGGAACGCAGAACCUUAUCAAAGCCCACAAGAUUCUACAUGGCAACAUGCUGUACCAGCUACCAGCUCGCCAGAGGGUGCUGAUGGUAGCGUUCCAGCUCCUGCAGUGAAUACAGAUCACUGGUACACGCACAAGAAGCACAGGAGGAUGGCCAAACUCACCAUCUCGGACGCAUUCGAAAUUAGGAAAGAGGUAGCGAUUAUGCUUGUCACAGCAGCGCUAAUAGGCCUAGUUGUCAUUGUAUGGCUUGCAAAGCGUGCACUUCCGUCGCUUGCGUGA